GUUCUGACAGUGAAGUCAUCAACCAAAUGUUGUUAUCCAUGUGUGCUGCUAAGAUUAAAGAGACCAUUUUAAUAACUCCAGAUAUCAUGGCCAUAGUGGAAUACAAAGGUAUAGGAAAUCAUCUCGGUGUCAAGAAGGUUCAGUUAGAUAUUCAAAAAUUCUUUGACAGGAACCAUGAGGAAAUAAAUCGUAUGGGUGUCCUAUAUUUGUGGUUAUCAAAGAAAGAAGACCUCAAAAUGCUGGAUAAGGACGCGGAUGAGCUCAAUGAUUUUUUGGUCAAACAAUCUACGCCGGUUGAAGAUGCUUGUAUGGAGAGAGAAGGUGGCCUUGCUGAAAAUGAAGCCUUUGCUGUUGAAGAUACAUCUUGGGAUACACAACAGGCAGAUACCGCUGGUGAAACUGAAGGUGUUUUGUCAGAGGCUAAAGGAUCCAUNGAUACACAACAGGCAGAUACCGCUGGCGAAACUGAAGGUGUUUUGUCAGAGGCUAAAGGAUCCAUUACCAAAAAAUUCUUUAAGGGAAUGCAUUUGCAUAAACGUGAUCGCACAGAGAUAUCGAGAUCCUCCUUCAGAAAUAAAGAGACUCCAAAAUAUGGAAAUAUAGCAAGCAUGAGCCAGGCAGAGUCUAUAAGUGAUACAUUGGGAAAUACCACAAACUUUCAUCAAGAAGUGCCGAAGUGUCAGCAACUAAUAUUCAUUAACGAUUUACCUGACGAGAUUUUGAUCCAUGCCUUCUCGCAAUUAGAGCCCUCAUCAUUGAAUAGUCUACGACUAGUUUGCAGGAAAUGGAACCAUGUCAUCAAUGACAAGGAAACUUGGACCAAGCUGUUUCGUAAAAGAUUCGGUAUUCUACUUUCAGCUUCAUCAUUUCCGAGUGUGACCCAGGGUUCAAAUUGGAUGAAUGAGUAUUUUGCUAGAUUACAAAUAAUCCGCAAUUGGAGGAAAGGUAUAUCGACACAUCAAACUUAUCAAGUGGUGAAUAGUGAACUCAGGAUGGGUGGAUUGACGUUAUGUGAUUUUAAAAUGAAUAAGGUUGCAGUGUUUGACCAGGUACUGGGGAAUAUCAGUUUUGGAAACCUUGAUAGUGGCAAAAACCAGAGUUUUAUCCCGGGAAUGAUGAAUAUGGAUAUUUUAAGUUAUGAUAUGAAUUUCAACUACUUGGUUAUGGGCAAAAAGAAUGGUGAGAUUGUUGUCAAGAAUUUGAUACUUAGCACUUCGUUCAGUCAGAGAGGUAGUAUUACCUAUUUUGAAAUAAAAGAGGAUGAGAGAAGCCCUAUCAUGAGUGUGAUCGUCAACUCAUAUGUGGAUAAGAAUGGAGCUACUGUUGAUGUUAUUAGUGGACUGCAUGAUGGAAGUUUACUGUGUUGGAGUUUGCAUGGGGAGCUUAAAAACUCGGUUAAAUUGGAUGGAACUAUCUUGAAUAUAAAAUCUGACUUCAACAAGUAUAUUAUUGUCAAUACCUUGAUUUCCAUAUAUGUGUUAAGAUUUGAUAAUUUGGAGAUUUUAGGACUGGCAAACUUGGAUAUUCCUGCCUGUGAUGAAGACGCAAUACACGUUGAACAACUUGCUUAUGGCAAGAACACACUAGAUGUUGAUUUUGGUGGAGAGAGUAUAAUCUUGAGUCGGGGGAAAAGUAUUCGUGUUUACGAUUUCCAUUGCACUGGGAUUAGAAAAUUGGAAUUUGAAGAAGAAACUGUUAUCGGCACCCAACUUCAGACUGUCGGUAAGAGUUAUUUGCACAAUGUAAAUGCAAAUUUUGUAGGUGGUGAUGGAUUAUUAUGUGGAAAUCUAUUAAGUGAUGGAAGCAUUAUUGUAUGGAAUGUUCGUGAACAAUCAACCCACAAGAUUGAACCUCAACUACGGUUAUUUCCAGAAUUGAAUCAUAAAAAGAUUCUGGGUCGCAUACACAAUGCCGUAUUACAAGGACAAUUAUUGGGUGUCACCACUUUUGCUCUAAAUGCGUCGGUGGUGGCAGUUUCCGGAUAUAAUGGGUUGACUUGCGUUUAUGAUGUUUUCACUGGUAAGUUUCUAAGAGAAGUUUCAAUUAAAUUCCCCAAGCGAUUUGAACACAUGCAACAUUUUCCAAAAAUGGUUGAGUUGGUUAAGCUCAACCCUGAUCAACAAGAUACCAACGGUGUAAUAGUGUGUGGCGAUGUGAUACAAUAUUUCGAAUUUGGCAAUUUGAAUAGCAAGAAAUUGAAUGCCGGGGGUGCUAAAAAGGGAAAACAAGUCAAUAUUGGAUCACAUGGGAAACACGAGUCAAAGAAGAAGAUUAGAGACGGAAUGGAUGAAUAUCAUCGGCAAGUUCAUGUCAAGAAUAGAACCGAGGAACUUUUUGAUAGGUACAAUGGGACUGAAUAUGAUGAUGAAGAGGAGGAAAUGAGGAUUGCUUUGGCAAUGAGUGAGAACAUAUAUAGCAACAGCUCAAGUCAGACAGAUAUGGGGGUACAUAUGACUGGUGAUGUUCUCGACAACGAUUUGAAGUUGGCGUUGGAACUUUCAAAGGCUGAUGCAAGUAAUGCUGAACCUGGUGAAGAGUUUGUACCUGAGGUUGUUGAGAAUCCCGCACAAGCAAAUGACGAGGAUGUUGAUGAUGCACUAAAGCGAGCAUUGGAGUUGUCAUUAAUAGAACAUUGA